GCCUUAGUGAAAAUGGCGGAGGGGUCCAAAGAUCAGGGAGGGACCGGCGCCGCAGAACCAGAGGAGGACUCGCCCAAUAUGAUUGUCUAUAGAAAGAUGGAAGACAUUGUUACCCGAAUACAAGACGAGAAAGCAGGAGGGGUUGCCAUCCGGACUGUUAAAAGCUUCCUCUCCAAGAUCCCAAGUGUGGUAUCAGGGGCGGACAUCGUUCAGUGGCUGAUGAAAAACCUCUCCAUCGAGGAUCCAGCUGAAGCUAUCCACCUCGGUAGUCUGAUCGCAGCCCACGGCUACAUCUUUCCCAUCUCUGACCACGUCCUGACCCUAAAGGAUGACGGAACCCUUUACCGCUUUCAGUCUCCAUACUUCUGGCCUUCAAACUGCUGGGAACCCGAGAACACGGACUAUGCCAUUUACCUGUGCAAGCGCACCAUGCAGAAUAAAGCCAGGCUCGAGCUUGCUGACUACGAAGCAGAGAACCUCGCCCGGCUGCAGCGGGCCUUCGCCAGGAAGUGGGAAUUCAUCUUCAUGCAGGCCGAGGCUCAAGUCAAGAUCGACAGAAAGAAGGACAAGGCAGAGAGGAAGAUCCUUGACAGCCAGGAGAGGGCGUUUUGGGACGUUCAUCGACCAGUGCCAGGCUGCGUCAACACCACAGAGAUGGACAUCCGCAAGUGUCGGAGAGAGAAGAACCCACACAGGGUGAAAAAGUCGGUCUAUGGGGUGCCAGACGACGGCCAGAGCCAACCGAGUCCGAUCCAUAUCAGCUCCCAGCCGACCAGGAAGCCCACCAAAGAGGACGUUCAGAAGGAGAUAACCUUUUUGAACAUCCAGCUGGACAGACACUGCAUGAAGGUCUCCAAAGUGGCCGACAGCCUGAUGAUCUACACGGAGCAGUUCAUGGAGUACGACCCCUUCGUGACGGGCGUGGAGCCCUCGAACCCCUGGAUUAGUGACGACACCACCUGCUGGGACAUGGAGGCAAGCCGUGAGCCCAGUCAGCAGCGGGUAAAGAAGUGGAGCUACUCCCUGGAGGAGGCUCUGAAGGACCCGGUGGGACGGGACCAGUUCCUGAGGUUCCUGGAGUCGGAGUUCAGCUCCGAGAACCUACGGUUCUGGUUAGCGGUGCAGGAUCUGAAGCGAAGGCCGCUCCAGGAGGUGUCCACCAGGGCCCAGGAGAUCUGGCAGGAGUUUCUGGCCGAGGGAGCUCCGAGCUCCAUCAACCUGGACUCGCACAGCUACGAGCGGACCAGCCAGAACCUCAAGGACCCUGGGCGAUACAGCUUUGAAGACGCUCAGGAGCACAUAUUCAAGCUCAUGAAAAGUGACAGCUAUGCACGCUUCUUGCGAUCCAACAUCUACCAAGACCUCCUGUUGGCCAGAAAGAAGCAGCCAGCAGACACAGAACAGGGCCGUCGCACCUCCCUGGAGAAGUUCACCCGCAGCGUGGUAAGUCCUUUGGAGCUGGGGCUGUUCAUAUCACAGAAACCACACUGGCUGGCUCACUAUCAGUGGCUUUUGCAAUUACAACCAUAUUACACUCUGUAGUGGCUUUCUAAACGUGUGUAAGCAUGUGUUUGUGUAAAUGAGACAUUUUUACAGUGAUGUGAGUGGCUGCACCAAAGUAAGACUCUGGUCUUGUUAGAGCAAUCAGAAGUUUCCUCCUUCAAUUUUUUUUGAUUGUAUUCAUUUUUUUAAAAAAAAAAGCUUUUUUUAGUUUUAGAAAGUCUUUAAACAAAUAAUUAGGUCAAGACAGAUUUUUUUUCUAUUUUACUUUCAUUUUUAUUUCUAUUGAUAAUAACUGUGUUGAUAUUUGAGCGCUUUCAAAGUUUAAAUUGUUUAAAUGGAACAAAAACUGGUUUGUAAAAUAUGCCCGAAUGAAAAUGCCAUCUUUUUAAAGAAAACAAUGUCACACUGAAGCAAAGAAAUAAUUACACAGAUGUGCUUAAAAUCAGGGAUUCAGGUUUACAUUUAACAGAAAAGUACUUCUAAGUAACAAAUAAAAAUAAAUAAAUCAGUUUACGUACUAUUAGAAUAACAUUUUAUUAAGGAUGGACAUUUUUAGUGUAUAUAUAUAUAUUUAUAUAUAUGAAAAUAUAAAGCUUCUUCCUAUUUAAUACAUCUCGGAUUGUAUUUUUUUCCAUUUUACUUUAAAUAUAGAAAUACAGGAAAGUAUAUUUGGAAGAAAAAAACAUCUAAAUGUGAGAAAUAGAAAAACACAAUAUUACUAAUAUGUUGCUAUGUAGCUGCAACUUGGUUUAUGAUGUGUAAAAAGGAGAGGGAACAAGAGCAUGCUCAUCGCAUCCCUUUUCAGAGAGUCAUUAGCAAUUAUAUUAAUUCAAUCUUUAUUAAGCAUGAAGUCAUUUCACUAAGUGACAGAAAUCUAUUAAUUUCAAACAUUUUCUUCUACAAGAUGUAAUAGAGAGAUUCAUAUCUGUUUUUUUUAACUGGUUUAUAUUAGAACACCAUUCUACACACACAGAAACACAAAACCCCUCGUACUACAAACAGAAAGAAAUUAAUAUAGUUAACAAAAACUAUGGAUUUUUUUCAUGCUCUUCAUACAGACACUAAUCCUGGACCAUGUAUUUAACUUCACAUGUUGAGGCACACUCCCAACUGAAUUUAAAACUAUGCCUCAAAUUUAUAUAACUGUCCCUCAGCCUGUAAAAUACCUUUAAAGCACCUAAGUGUGUCUAAUAAUUUAUAUACACAUUAUAAAUCCCACCCUCCAACCUAACAUGCAAUAUAGGGCCUGUUGGUUUAAUUCCUGCUGAACACAGAUUUAAUUUUCAUCUGCAAAACAAAAGAACACAAUAGAAAACUUAAAGGUGGAAAAUGUUUUAAAACAGUAGUGGCUUUAUAGUUUGUAGAACACGUCUUCAAUUAGGAUUUCAGUCUUGUAAUAACUUAUUUGUUAUUAUUACUAUUUCAUUUAACUUUCUAGGGGAAGUCUUUGACGGGGAAGCGCCUGACAGGCCUUAUGCAGUCGUCCUGACAAAGCCUGUCCUGGAGAGCCACGACCAGACCCUGUUGGUGGGGUGACAGCCACACAGGGGCCGGAGCAGGGGCCCAAACGUUGGAGCCGGGGUGCACGGGGCUGCUGUGGAGGCUCUUGGACACUGCUUCGAGGUCUGCUGCCGUACUGCUGGUGCAGUGCAGGCCCUACUGGGCCGAACCACCGAAACAGAACCACUGAUGAAGAGACGAUGCCAAUCAAAGGGUCCCCCGCUAACGAAUCACACGGCAUGCGGUGUAAAAGAUUAAGCACAUCCAAACUAAUUCUGCCCUAUCUUCGUCACUCAGAGGGCAAAUGCUCGUCGGGCUUGACUUGGCUUAUUGAUUUUGUUAUUUUCAUAUUCUUUCAUUUGUAUUUGCCGCAGCACUUUGGGGCCAUAAACACUAAAAUGAGGUGUGCAAAUGUCGUCACAAGGCAGUCAGCAAUAAAAACAAACCCAGCUUCUUUUUAAUACUCUUAAAAACUUUUAUUAUAUGUCUUUAACGAAGCACAUGAAACGUCAGCUAAGCGGUAGGAAAAGUUUGGUGAUUAUUAGGAAUGCGGCCCCACCCGUUCAUAUUUUAAAACCAAUCUUCAUUACAUUCCAAAAUCCGACAUAAGGGCUUAAUGUAGCAACCAUGAGGCACUGUUGUUCCAUUCUAAUGUCCUCGCUGAGAGUUCACGUUCCAACAGCGCCGCUUCUUAACCAGACUUGUUGCCGAAGGAAGGUUUGGUUCGCUGCUUUCCCGACCUCCUGGCUUCCAGUUCCGACGCUCCCAGUGAAAUUAACCGAUUCCAAAAGUCUGUGUGAAUACCUCAGAGGCCUAAAAGCGUGACUCACCAGUACAGGUUCAGGGGAACGCGAUCCAAGCUUCGAGCGUAGGCACAGUUCCAGUGUGUGCAGUCACAAAAUAAAGAGCAAAAUGAGAUCCGUGUGCUGCUGGGGUUUGUACUGUAGAGUAGUGCUAAACGUUUCCAGUGCCAUGGGUCCAUCUACUGGUGCACAGAGCACAGGACCAUCAGACGCGUGACAGGACUCCACUGUGCUGUGUGCACGUCGUGAUAAAAGAUGCUACAGGUUCGUUAAAUAAAACUGAACUUCGUAGAAAAAUAAAAAAAGUUAUUUUAUUUCAGUAAUUCAGUACCCGAAGGCCGGGUUGCCAGAUCUGACGGACAGUUUCCAGCCCAAACACAACACAAAACCCGCCCACCUCAAUAAAAACCAGCCCGAACCUCAACCUGUCUUAAAGUUCGCGUUAAAAGCAUAAAGGUAUUUCAUGCAUAGUGAAGAACAUGCCAUAAGAUCAAAAUUGCACUAAAACAAAGAAGAAAACUUACGCAGGUUACGCAGAAAGAGUCUCCCACAGGCUCAGGCCAACAGACUCUUAACCCCCUUUAGGGCGUUGCCAAUUCAAUUCAAUUCAAUUCAAAUCAAUUUUAUUUAUAUAGCGCCAAAUCAUGAAACAUGUCAUCUCAAGGCACUUUACAAAGUCAAGUUCAAUCAUAUUAUACAGAUUGGGUCAGAAUUCACAUUGACCAAUAUCCUUUCACAGUGACGCUUAACCAAGAUAUCACUGAUUGACCUUGUCAAGUUUGUAAGAUUCUCUGCAUUUAAAAACGAAACGAGUGCGGGGACACAUUUCAUUGAAAUUUGUAACUUUUUACUUUUCUGCCACACAAUGACAAAUAUUUUUGAUUGAAAGUAUUAAUAGGAAAUAUGAAUACUUUCUAAAAAAAAUAAAAAAAAAUAUCCAAAUGUUGAACAUUUUUGCAACCCGCUCAAAGCUGUUUUUCCAGCCAAACACGUUCAAAAGCAGCCCGGUUGGGUGGAGACCUGCGCAGUCUGGCAACACUGCCUGAAGGACAGGACCAAGGCAGAACACAUGUAGUAUGGGGCAUCACGCCCUCGCGUGUCCCGGCUGGAUACUCCUCUAACCGCGCCUUUAGGCAAAUAACAUGUGACCACAGACCUUUGACAUCAAAGUCGCCGUCAUUCUCCGGCUCAAAGCAGAAGUCCAUGCAAAGGUUAAUGGACAAAAAGGAAGGUCGCUUGUAGAUUCAUUACACACAGCGGGAUAAACUUCAAGAGUAGUUUCUGUUCAUUUGGAUAAUGAUGGCUUAUAGCUAAUGAAAAUCCAAAUUUUUGCCCAUUGACUCUACAGGACAUGCUCCCAGUACUUCAUCUGAGGUCCUUUUUGGGUGAAUUAUUUUUGGGUCUCCAGCCUGACAUGGAGGUAUCCAGCCUGUGGCUCGGCCUGGGACUUAAGGAAGCCCAGAAGUAUUGUUGGCUCUGUUGUUCCUCUUGACAAUACUCCAUAGAUUCUGUACAGAGUUUUAGGUCAGGCCAGUUUGGUGGAAAAUAAAAUUGACGUGGAAGCAUUAAAAAUGUAUUAUUAAAAAAUCUCCUGGUGGACACCUACACUAACUUUGGCCUUGACAAAACAAAGUGGACCAACAGCAGGGCAUGAGAUGGCUCUCUAAAUCCUCCAUGAUCAAUUCACUGUUGACUUUAGGCACCUACUUUCGGCUGAUAAGAGGACUUUGGCCCACUGAGCAACAGUCCGAUCCUUGGAACCCUUAUGGCCCGGAUAAAACGAUUCUGAAAGUAUGUCUGGUACCAGAGAUGUGACCGUUUUAGCUAAUGUCCCGGUUACAUCUGUGUGUGACGGUCCUUGAAGCACAGUCUCCGGCUGUAGUUCGCAUCUUGUAACUCUCCUCUAAACCCUUAAAUGGGCUUUGCCUCACAGUUAUCUUAAGGUUUUGGUGAUCCCUGUUGCUAAGGCACCCCUUUCUAACAAAGAUCUUCCUUCCUCUCACCUUUCCACUAAUAUCGUAUCCAGCGCUCUGUGAAUAUCCCUCCUCUCUGAUAAUGAUCCGUCCUCCUUGUGGAGGUUGUCAAUAACCGUCUGCUGGAAUACCGCCCAGUCUCUUCCCCAUGCUCGUGUGGGCCAGAGCCUUUCCAUAAAAUAAAACUGGUUUUAUGCUAAAUUUUUAUCUCAACAAUAAAAAAAAACGUUUGGAAUAGAUCUGUGUGAAAUGAAUCUAUAUAGAUUUUGCUUUGUGAAUGAAAUUACUGAAAUAAAAUCUUUGGUUUGGUAUAUUCGGUUCUGAUUUACUGAGCUGCACCUGUGCUGAAGUGACAACAGAGAUGUUUUGCUGCCCGGUGUGGAGAAUUUUCUGUUUAGUUGCACGGAUAUCUCAUGUUUUCUUCUCUAAAACCAAUGCCCGUCUUCAUUUCUCUCUGUCUGCUAACUGUCGAGUGCUUGUCAUGUGGAAAAUGGUGCAUGUUGGACCAUGUUGGAAGUGCAGGGGGUGGCUUAACUCCCUACUGAGCUGGACCCGGACUCGUUAAUGACUGAACAUCUAGAAUUUGAAAUGGGGUGAAGAGGAAACAGAAUGAACAUUGGAGGCCUCUUUGCUCCGUCCGUGGAUGCUGCCUUCUUCUACACACAGGAAGUGCUGGGACGCAGCUCCCCCCUGAGGCCACUGCCUGCAGCAGUGAACAACCAGGGCGCGCCGCCGGAGAAGUCUCAUUGGUUAUUUUCUAGUAGAGUCAUUGCGAUGCACUGUACAGGUCAUCAUACUAAUUAUUCUUAUUAACCUAACCCAGUAACCUCCUAAAUGUAAGGUAGAGAAAUGCUUACGUUGAGUCAAUGUACCAAAUGUUAUCCUCAGCACAAACACGGUGACACUGCGUACCAAGUGCAUUGUAAAUUUCAACUGGUUACAUUUCAUUAUCCGAAAGCACACUUUAGUAUGAUGCGAGCACAUUACUAUGCAUGUUACAUAUUCAGGGCAUUUUUGUGCUUUUAGUUUCUCGAUCAGCAGGAUGACUACUCUAAAACCCUCAAAGCACUUGUUAUCUGUUCACGGGUAUCAACUAAUAAAAUCUCUGGACCUGUC